AUGCCCAUUUACAUAGAUGGAUCAAAAGGAGCAAAUCAUGUCGGAGCAGUCUUUGUGACUGGAAACCAUGCGGAGGGUAAGCACUUACACGAGGCAUGCUCUGUGCUUACUUCUGAACUAACUGCUUUGUACUAUGCACUUUCUUUUAUAUAUAGACAGUGCCAGAAAAUGUUCACUAUUUAUACCGACUCGUUUAGUGCACUAAAAGCUCUAGAAUCAAUCUCGGAAGCUCGGAAUCCCCUAAUUGACGAAAUCCAAAAUAUAAAUCUGAAGUUGAGAAGGCGAGGAUAUCAGAUCCUCUACUGCUGGGUCCCUGCACAUGUGGGCAUACAAGGAAAUGAGUUGGCAGAUAUCAUUGCAAAGUCUGCUGAGGAAUGGUCACGUCGCCUCGUCCCCUACCGAGACAUGAAGAAAGUCAUCAAGCAGAGAAUCUUCAGUAAAUGGCAAGCAUUCUGGAAUGAUCAACUCACUAAUAAGUUGCGAAGGGUAAAACCUCAAGUAGAAUAUUGGAAAGCCACUAGAAACCGGAGGGAGGAAGUAAUUUUAACCUGUCUUAGAAUUGGUCAUUUUCGAAUUACGCACAGUCGUCUGUUAAAAGCGGAGAAUGAACCUGUUUGUGAACAUUGUAAUAGUGUUUUCUCUGUACAUCACUUUUUAGCAGAAUGUCCACAAUUUAACAAACUUCGUCUCAAGUAUUUUAACGAUUAUGACUUGCCUCUUGAGCGUAUAAUCGGGAAAGAGGCCAAUACCUAUUUAUUUCUCUACCUGAAAGAGGCGGGUCUUUAUAAUUUAAUUCGAUUUUGUUCUGAUGUCUGCACGUUGUGUAUUUUAAUGCAUCCUCAGCUUUUUUAA